CUGUCGUAUGGGGGCACCAUGCAAUCCUUGUGAUUCAAGCAAUGACCUAGUUAUAUAAUACAAACUUAACGCCCCCUUCUGCCAGCAGUUAUCAUGGCAGUGAGAGGAAAACACGCAUCAUGGAGGACUAUAUUUCUCGGAAGUGGGGUAAUAUUUGCCGUCUGUGCAGCUCUGUUAUGCCACAAGACUUUAGAACUGUAUUCCACGUCUUUGACGCUUUGUGUCUGCACGGCUCUUUGCGCCACCACUGCAGCCCUGUGCAGCAUAGUUUGUCUGGACAUCUCUCGACGAAAUCCGUCAUCAUCACACACGCUCACCAGCCUCCUGGUCCAGUAUCUCUUUGUUGUCCUCAUGAUAAUAGUAGGAAAGCUAUCUUUCCCAAAAUUGCAAAAAAUGUCCAAAGACAUUCAAAACACACAGAGAAAUGUCUUCUUCAGCGUAAUGAGGCGCAAUGCUGAAACCCUUUACGGAAGGAAAUACAACUUCAAGGCGUUCAGUUCUCCGAAUGAGUACAUCAAAUCACACCCUCUGACCAAUUACGCACACUUUGAACCCUACAUUGAUAUGAUAGAUAACGGCCAGGAAAAUGUCCUGUCGUCCCAAAAAGUGGUAUUUUUCGCUAUGACAAGUGGAACCACCGGCAGAAACAAGAGACUGCCUAUUUUAGAGGAUUAUAAAGGGCGCUUCUUUUUCGAUGCUGCUUGUUACUACUUUUACAAAGGAGUAGAUUACUGGAAUAUGUUGGCUCUGAAGCGAGUCAUCUAUGUUCGUGGCAGCUCGCCACCCGCUGACCGGAAGCAGGGUUUGCCGAGGGGAUCGAUCAGUAACUAUUUAGGGGCAAGCUAUCCUUUUACAACUACCCCGUUGUCGGCUCAGUUGGGGCAUAUCAAAGAGAGGGAAACGAUGUACAUACAUGCCGUCUUUGGCGCGAGAGAGCGAGAGGUGAACGUGGUUGAUACCUUUAUGGCUUCAAUGGGCUACACCUUCUUCAAAGUUCUGGAAGAGGAUUGGAAACAAAUUUGUGAUGACAUUGAAAAGGGGCAGAUAGAUCCUUCCCUCUCUAUUGAUGACAGCAUUCGAUCUGACCUGAACCAGCGGUUAUCACCGGAUCCACAGAGAGCAAUGGAACUGAGAGCAGAGUUCAGUAAAGGAUUUGAAGGGAUAGUAAGUCGCAUAUGGCCCCUUGUUGAGCGAAUCGGUUGCAUUCGCUCAGGAAGUCAUAUGAAUUAUGCCAAGCUUUUAGAAGAAAAAUAUGCGAAAGGUCUUCCAAUUAGAAACUCUCUUUAUUUGGCUUCUGAGGGCAUGAUAGGUUUUUCCAUGUCUGCCGAUGAUUCGUAUGUCAUGCUUCCACAGUGGAAUUUCUAUGAGUUUAUACCAGCAGAGAACUGUAAAGAGGAACAACCAGACACUUUGCUUAUGCAUCAGGUUGUCAAAGGCCGUGACUACGAGCUGGUACUGACCAACAUGCGGGGGAUGUACAGGUACAGGCUGGGGGACAUCGUCAGAGUGGUCGACUUCUUUUAUCAGUGCCCGGUCAUUGAUAUUCAGUAUAGGCUAGGGCAGAUGUUAAAUAUUAAGAAUGAGAAGACUCCAGAGAGCGUAUUCUACGACGCCAUAAUACGUGCAGAGGCGACGUGGGAAGGCAUUAAACUGAUUGAUUACACGGCGACAGAAAGCGUUGUCUUAGAAAGAAUGUUGGGUAAGAUUUAGUAUAUACAGUUUCUCUACUAUAUAGAUUU